AUGAUACUAUACGUGCUCUUCACAACCUGGAACUUUGUGUCGCUCGAUAGAAGUCGCGAGGCGGUCCCGUCUACCAGGCUCGACUCUUCCGACGAGACGGCCGCUGCCGAUCCGCAGAUCUGGCCCUAUCUUGACCACGACAGACACAAGGCAUAUGUUCGGCAGCUGGUCGCAGAGGUCGACGCCCGGCCCGAGCAGCCGCUGUCGCCCGCGACGCAGCGCCUCAAGGACGCCAUCGAGACCAAGUCGCACCUGUACAUGUACUUUACCGAAAUGUUUACCCAGAUCCCUGAAGACGUUCGGUAUGGCGAUAACCAGACUGUGCUUCGCGAUUAUAACCACAUGCUGCGACUGCUGAGCCACAUUGUCACAACGGCGCCGUCUCCCGGGCUGGGCGUGCCCCUCCCGCCCAUGGCUAUGAUACUGACAGAUCCCGCCAGUACCGCGAGUGGCUACGCUGCUUUUCUUGACCCAGAGGUCAACGUCCUGCUCAAAGGCAUCUUGAAUGAAUGGGCCGCCUUUCUCGGGAGCCGCGACUCGUUGGUAUACGUCAAGAACGGCUCAACCGGCUGGCUGGGCAAAGACUCCCUGGCUGAGCUGGAAAGCGUGGCCAAUCUGGAGCCCGGAACAAAGGCCAGCUUCGCAGACUUGUUCGAGUGCGAUGCGGAAGACGAGUACUACGACUUCUUCACUCGUCGCUUCCGGCCGCAUGUGCGCCCCGUCGCCGAACCCCACGACGACGGCGUCAUCGUCAACGCCUGCGAGUCCGUCCCGCACACCGUCGGGCUCCGGGCGCGGCUCCGCGACACCUUCUUCGUCAAGGCGCAGCCGUACUCGGUGCUCGACAUGCUCGGCCACGACGCCGUCGCCGCCGCCGCCUUUGACAACGCCACCGUGUACCAGGCCUUUCUAAGCCUGCACUCGUACCACCGCUGGCACGCGCCGGUUGCCGGCACCAUCCGCAGCGCCCGCGUCGUCGACGGCACCUACUACAGCCUCCCGCGCUUCUUCGGCCUCGACCAGCCGGGCGUGACGUUUCCGCGCAAGCCGCAGGGGUUCGGGCACGCGAUGCGCUACCUGAGCGAGAUGGCGACCAGGGCCGUCAUCGUCAUCGAGGCGGACAACCGCGACCUGGGCCUGGUUGCGUUUGUCGCGGUCGGCAUGGUUGAGAUUAGCACGUGUGAGAUUACGGCGACGGUAGGACAGCAUGUCAAAAAGGGCGAUGAGAUUGGCUCGUUUCAUUUUGGAGGCUCGAGUUAUGUCCUGCUCUUCCAGGACGGCGUUGAGCUGACGGGGCUGCCGGAGCCGGGAAACUUCUCGUCACCGAAUAUGCCGGUGCUGAGCAAGAUUGCUACUGUUUCGUCGCGAAGGCUGACACUCCAAGGAUGA